AUGGGGACCACGGUCUGGGAUGGGGACACGGGCCGGGAUGACAGGGACACGGGCCAGGACGGGGACGCAGAUGGAUUUUCACAGCUAUCGGCCUAUGAAAGGAAAAGGCUAAAGAACAUUACAGAAAAUGCUAAAUUCUUUGCUUCCCUAAAGCUGCACGAGUCAGCUGCAAGACUUCAAAAAAUUGCAAAUAAAGUACAACCUCACGUCACCAAAAGGGCCAGGCCCAGGAAGGCGGAGGACGAGCCCGUGCGCCGCCGGUCCAUGCGGCUGCAGCGAGCGGAGCGGCCCGCGCCGCCGCGCUCGCGCGGCUCCGCUGCACACACUGGAAAAUUACCGGUAUCAUUCCAGCCUCAGGUUCCGCCUGGACCUGUGUCGAUGCUUCCUGAGGAUCAGAAGGAGAACAGCAAGGUGACGGAGGAGUUCCUGGCUAUGUGGACAAGGAUAAGUGAGAUGAAACCUGAUGAUGCACAAAAGCAUUCACGUGACAUGGAAAGAUACGCGGCCAGCCUGGGCAGCAUGACGCUGCACGCCGGUGACGUUAGCAAGGUGGUGAAGGCACGGGUGUGCUCCAUGGCCAUCCAUCCCGCCGAGAGCGCCGUGCUCGUGGCCGCGGGGGACAAGCUGGGCCACGUCGGGCUCUGGAACGUCGUGAGUGGCUUUACUGAGCAAGCAACACACGUCUUUAUCCCACACAAUUAUCCAGUCAGCUGCAUGCAUUUUUCUCCAGCUAAUCCUGCUCACUUGGUGUCUCUGAGCUAUGACAGUCUGCGGUGCGGUGACGUUACCAGGGCUGUCUUCGAUGAGAUUUGCAGAAGUGAGGAAAGCUUUUCCUCCUUUGACUUCCUGGAGGAAAAUGCCUCCACGCUGAUCGUAGGACAGUGGGAUGGAGCGGUGGCGCUUGUGGACGUGCGGACCCCGGGGACGUCGGCAGAGCUCUCUGCAAACAUUGACUUCAAAAGGACGAGGACGGUCCACGUUCACCCGGUGAACAAGCAGUAUUUCCUUGCUGCUGGCGCGCUGAUCUAUGACACCAGCUGUUUGUCACCGACCAUUGGAGCUCUCAGUACCGUCAGACAUAACAAUAACACAGGACGCUGGCUGACUAGGUUCAGAGCAAUAUGGGAUCCGAAACAGGAGGAUUGCUUCGUGGUGGGCAGCAUGGCACGUCCAAGACAAAUAGAAAUAUAUCAGGACACGGGAAAACUGUUGCACUCCUUUUAUAAUGUUGAUUAUCUUGGUUCCGUGUGUUCCAUUAAUGUUGUUCAUCCCACUAGGAAUAUCUUGGUGGGUGGCAACUCCAGUGGUCGCCUUCAUGUGUUCAAAGAAUGA